AUAAGAAAAAAUUUUCUGAUAAAAACAUUCACUCGUCAGAUCGUCAGUGAGAAAAUUCAUAUUUUUCAACAUUCCCCUGGAUUAAUUUCAGUCGGUGAAAAACCGAAUUUAUAAAUUUCAGAUCUAGGUUCAUCAGCAACGAUUCAGUACAUUUCUAUCUAUUCCAGAAGAUGUUUCCUCAAUGCCGUUGCUCUACCAGUCAUAAAAACCUUCAAAAUUUAUUGAUACCUUUGAGAGAAUGGAAACGGUUCUACAAGAAAUCCAUCCAUUGGACAAAAUAUGAAAACCGAGAUUUUCCUCGAUAUAGAGCACUUACCCAUUUCGAUGAUUUUUAUAAAAACAUUUACGGUGAAAAAUUAUGGAGAUCACUUCGUUUGGGCUUGCUUUGCAAUAACAAAUAUUGCGCCGUUGUUAAUAAUUUCAGCGAACCGGAUGCAGUAAAGGAAAAUUUACAAAAUCGUGGCGCGUUAAACAUGCGUGAAUUGCUGGCUCUGGUAGAGGAAAAACGCGAAGAACGAUCAGAAACUGCUGUUAAAAAAGUAAGUUCCGAAGAAGGUUCACUAGAGCGAAGGAUGGAGGAAGCUAUCGAAGCUUCUGCGAAAAGAGAUUUAAUAUCCGGCACUUACUCGAAAUACGACUAUGUCAAUGUCCUCGACGAGCAUUACAAAGACGCAAAACCGCCUGAGAAAAAAGACGAACCGAAAGAAACCGAAGAACCGAAGGAGUACGAAGGGAAAUUGUCUUUGGCAGAGGGUAUAAAGGAUGCUCAUAUCGACCAUCGUAGAAUCAUAAAUAUUAAAGAUGGUCUGAGUACAUCUACUCUUUACGAAUUUGUACCAGCAUCUAAAAUAAAGGGAAUCGAUAGAAUAAUGUCUGAAACCGCGCAGCUGGAAUUUUACAAGCAGAGUGUUGAUUUUCCUAUCAACGUUGAAAAGCAAUUGAGCAUAACUUUUCCCGAACAUUUAGAUAUCUAUUCUUAUGAAAAAUGUAAUGUUACGUCGUUUCCUCAUCCAGAAAGAGGACGAACAGGCGUUUUCGAUUUUUACCUUCUUGACGGAGCAUCUAUUCUACCAGUGUUAGCAUUAGAUUUGAAACCUGGCGAUCGACUCCUCGAUAUGUGUGGUGCUCCGGGUGGAAAAUCAAUGACUGCUUUUCAAACAUUAUCACUCGACGAAUUAGUUUGCAACGAUAGCUUCAAAAGUAGAGUUAAUCGUAUCUCUAGAAUUGUGAAAGAAUAUUUGUACAACUGUCCGCAAAAAGAAAGAUUCAAGAUAUCCCAUCGCAACGGCUUAAAUAUGACAGAAAGAGAUCUCUAUAAUAAAAUCUUGGUCGACGUACCUUGUACAAAUGAUAGGCGUUCUGUCAACAAAGACGAGGGUAAUUGGUUCGAGACUAAUAGAAUGCAACAACGUUUAAGACUCCCUGAAUUACAGGCUGACCUGCUAACGAAUGCAUUGCGAUUGGUUGCUCCCGGAGGAACUGUGGUAUACUCAACAUGUUCGUUAUCUCCUGUGCAAAAUGACGGUGUGGUGCAAAUGGCACUGAAAAAUUUGUGGGAAGAAAACGAAUACGAAUUUGUAGUCCAAGACAUGACUGAAGCAUUCAGACCAGCUGAAGUUCUGUAUUGUUUCGGAGAAAAUGUCGGAUUGAAAUAUGGAAUUGUUGUAUUACCCCAUCUAACCGCUAAUUUUGGACCUUUAUAUUUCAGUAAAAUAGUCAAAAAGUAAAAAUACACGUUAUUGUCGUUUUUAAA